AUGGCGGCACGUCAUGUGUUGUGCGUGUGUGUCCUCGCCCUGUGCUGUGCGUCGCUGUGCGUGGCGGCUGGUGGGACGACGGGGGAAACGUCUUGUAAUGGCACGGAGCCCACGGAAGGCCAGGGGUGCGAAAACACUGCUGAGGCCAAUGAUGCUGACGAGGAGUCGCGUCAAGGGUCAGGACCGAAACCACAAGACCAGAAUGUGCAGACAGACGGGGCUGCGGUCGGGGAUACUGACGAACAAGAGUGUGCGAAGAAACUGCCUCCUGAAGAUAAAACGUGCAUUAAGUCUCUUUCCAGCAAGACUCAACAAAACCAACUGCAGGCAGCCAGCAGUUCCCACGGCAUGCAGGGGGUGCCUGAUAACCUCUCAGAUGAAGAUCCGUUGAGGGGUACUAAAGAAGGAAAGGACCCAAUUAUAUGCACUGAAGAUCAGGAAGAGCAAACAGCUGCUUCGGGGACGAAAACUUGUGUCGCCAAAGAUCCAACGAAGGAUGCUGCACAAAAACACACGAAAUCUGAUCAUGACAACGACGUGAAGUCCCCUACUGAACACGGCUCUCCGCCUGACCCUGAGAAGCAGCACAGCGUGUCCGGCAGCACGCCUGGGGCUCUGGGCCCCCCACCAGCAGGGCACGGGGGUGCUGGCACUGGGCAGUCGGCCGGCAGACCCGGCGGUGAGGGAUCUGCGGCUGCUUCCUCCCCAGCGGCGGUGGGGACUCCACACAGCCCAGCGAGUGGCGGCGACGCCCAGCCAGAAUCCUCAUCGAACAGUGCAGCGGUAACUGGGGGGGAUGUCGCUGCCGCCAAAGAAGAAUCCCCAAAAGAGGAGUCUGGCACCGCCCAAGUCCCGUCUACCACAACGAGCCCCGGAGCUUCUGCUGCCGGAGACAAACAGCACGAAGCGGAUGCCUCCACGGCCGCCAAACCAGACGCGACCACCGCCACGAUGGCUGUUGCUCCUCUGCUGGUGGCGGCGCUGGCCAGCAUUGCUGUGCUCUGA